GACACGGAAGUAUUGUUUCACAAGUCAGCACCGGGGGCCGCUUUCGCGUGACAUUCACCGGUGUGUCCGGGGUUGGAGGUUGCUUGAACGGAGGAAUAAUAUCGCUCUUCUCGACGUAGCUGUUGUCAAAAUGAGAGUACUAAAUGCCGGACUGUCUUUGGCUAAAACGCAUCUUUUAGCACCACGAAGCGUCACUGUUACGAAGUUGCUCAUCAACAGCUGUCGGUCAUGCUCCUCCGGUGUCUUCCCCAACGAGAGGAUCCGCAACAUCGGCAUCUCGGCUCACAUCGACUCGGGGAAGACGACACUGACCGAGCGUGUCCUCUUCUACACCGGCAGGAUAGCGGCGAUUCACGAGGUGAAGGGGAAGGACGGAGUCGGAGCCACCAUGGACUCCAUGGAGCUGGAAAGACAGAGAGGCAUCACCAUCCAGUCAGCUGCUACAUACACCAUGUGGAAGGACCACAACAUUAACAUCAUCGACACACCAGGUCACGUGGACUUUACCAUUGAAGUGGAGCGAGCACUGCGCGUGCUGGACGGAGCAGUGCUGGUUUUGUGUGCUGUGGGAGGCGUCCAGUGUCAGACCAUGACCGUGAACAGACAGAUGAAGCGCUACAACGUGCCCUUCCUCACAUUCAUCAACAAGUUAGACCGACUGGGCGCCAACCACAAGCGAGCCCUGCAGCAGAUGAGAACCAAGUUGAACCACAAUGCUGCCUUUGUGAGCAUCCCCAUGGGUCUGGAGGGAAACAUGCGCGGCAUCAUUGAUCUUGUACAGGAGCGCAGCAUCUAUUUUGAAGGACCAUUCGGGCAAAAUAUCCGCUAUGAUGAGAUCCCUGCAGAGUUUCGUGCAGAGGCUGCAGAGCGGAGACAGGAGCUCGUGGAGUGUGUGGCCAACGCUGAUGAAAUCUUGGGAGAGAUGUUCUUGGAGGAAAAAAUUCCUUCUAAUGAAGACUUGAAGGCUGCAAUCCGCAGGGUCACAGUGCAGCGUCUCUUUACCCCAGUGUUGGUGGGAACAGCACUGAAAAACAAGGGCAUCCAGCCUUUGCUUGACGCCGUGCUUGAUUAUUUACCGAACCCCACAGAAGUCAAGAACUAUGCUAUCCUCAAUGACGAAGAGUCUAGUGAAAAAUCAAAGAUUCAAAUGGACCCGACAAGAGAUGCUUCAAAUCAAUUUGUUGGUCUUGCCUUCAAACUAGAGGCAGGGAGGUUUGGUCAGCUGACAUAUGUACGGGUUUACCAGGGCUGCCUGAAGAAAGGUGAAUACAUCUACAACACACGCACCAGCAAAAAGGUCAGAGUUCAGAGGCUCGUGCGUCUCCAUGCUGACCAGCUGGAGGAUGUGGAUGAAGUUUAUGCAGGAGAUAUUUGUGCGCUGUUUGGGAUUGACUGUGCUAGUGGAGACACUUUUACUUACAGAACCAGCGAAAACAUCUCAAUGGAGUCGAUUCACGUCCCAGAACCUGUCAUUUCCAUGUCAAUGAAGCCGACAGACAAGAACGACCUAGACAAAUUUUCCAAAGGUAUCAACCGUUUCACCAGGGAAGAUCCAACAUUCAGAGUCCAUUUCGACACAGAAAGCAGAGAGACCAUCAUCUCGGGCAUGGGCGAGCUGCACCUGGAAAUCUACUCGCAGAGAAUGGAGAGGGAAUACAACUGUACAUGUGUGAUGGGGAAACCCAAAGUGGCCUUCAGAGAAACCAUCACCGCUCCUGUAACGUUUGACUUCACUCACAAGAAGCAGAGCGGCGGCUCUGGCCAGUAUGGUAAAGUUAUUGGGGUCCUUGAGCCUCUGGAGCCAGAGGAUUCCACCAAGCUGGAGUUUGAAGACCAGACUGUUGGUACAAACGUCCCAAAGCAGUUCGUACCCGCUAUUGAAAAGGGUUUCAGGGAGGCCUGUGAGAAGGGACCGCUGAGUGGGCACAAGAUCUCAGGAGUCCGAUUUGUCUUAGAAGAUGGGGCCAACCACAUGGUUGACUCCAAUGAGAUCUCCUUCAUCCGUGCAGGAGAGGGCGCUCUAAAGCAAGCCAUGGAAAAAGCCAAGACGGCCAUCCUGGAGCCAAUCAUGUCUGUGGAGAUCGUAGCACCACAAGAGUUUCAGGGAGCAGUCAUUUCUGGUGUCAACCGUCGGCAUGGUGUGAUCACAGGACAGGACGGGGAUGAGGGAUACUUCACUCUAUACGCUGAUGUUCCACUGAAUGAUAUGUUUGGAUACGCCUCAGAAUUGCGCUCCUGCACUGAAGGAAAAGGCGAGUACACCAUGGAUUACAGCAGAUAUCAGGCCUGCCUGUCAUCCACACAAGAAGAACUCAUCCACAAAUACCUUGAGGCCACAGGGCAGCUGCCUGCAAAGAAGAGCAAGUGGAAGAACUGAAGGCUGUUCCUGUUUGCUCAACUGGACUUUGUCAUGACACCCUUCCUUCUUUAGGUACCUUUUCUGUCCAACAUCAACCAUGAAGCGACUUUAAUUAGUGAAGCCAAACGUAACUUGACAUUUCACCUUUGCUUUGUAGUAAAACCCUUAUUUAUUACUUUGAUUUCACCACAUUAUGACCUCAAGAUUCUGCAUUUUUUAAGAUGGAGAUUGAUAAGGAAGCUCAGUGUGUUGAGUUGAGCUUGUUAUGGCUUUUGUACUAUGUACAUAGUGGUUUUGAUUUAAUAAUACUUGCAGCAAAUACACAUAGGCUACCCUUCUUUUUAAAGUGUAUUUUUGUGCAGAUUGUUAAUUUCCCCCACAAAGUAAAGUACACACCACCGUGAGUGGCAAUCUGACACUUCACACAUGGCUGCGUCCUACAAAAACGGCUUAAUUUCAGGGUGAGAACUCAUUUUGUCUCACCUGUCCAGAGGUGUCGGUCUCAUCUGCUGUCUCUGGUAAGCUGUUUGGAUGACCUGAAAUGUCCGUUGAUGAAGCCUCAGGUCUAAUCGUCACACUGGGGCUCCCAUUUACCCCCAAUAAAACAGCCAGAAAAACAAGACUGCUCAAAGACAUUUUAGUUUCCUGGAAAACACAGACGUUAGAGAAAAAGGGAAAAGAACUUGUGUGGAAGAGUCCAAGCAGGGAAAUGACCCUCCCAUCAGUGUGGAGUUAUAUAACGACCAGGAGGAGCGGAAGCACCAAGGAGAGACUGUCCAGAUCAUGCUGUCUUCCUGACACCAUCUGCUUAUUUUUAUUUUUUUAUCUCUAACUAAACAACAUACUGUUCCA